CAUCUGUUCCUUCAGGACACUAACCCUCUGCAUCUGUGUCUUCUGUGUCACCAGUGGCCAACAGUGUUGCAAACAGGAACCCGAGGUUUUCACUUCACUGUUGAUGGGAACAAGAGGGCAUCUGCUAAAGUUUCAGAUUCCAUUUCUGCUCAGUAUCCAGUAGUGGAUCAUGAAUUUGAUGCAGUGGUGGUAGGCGCUGGAGGGGCAGGCUUGCGAGCUGCAUUUGGCCUUUCCGAGGCAGGGUUUAAUACAGCAUGUGUUACAAAGCUGUUUCCUACCAGGUCACACACUGUUGCAGCGCAGGGAGGAAUCAACGCUGCUCUGGGGAACAUGGAGGAGGACAACUGGAGGUGGCAUUUCUACGACACCGUGAAGGGCUCCGACUGGCUGGGGGACCAGGAUGCCAUCCACUACAUGACAGAGCAGGCUCCCGCCGCCGUGGUCGAGCUGGAAAAUUACGGCAUGCCGUUUAGCAGAACUGAAGAUGGGAAGAUUUAUCAGCGUGCAUUUGGCGGACAGAGCCUCAAGUUUGGAAAGGGCGGGCAGGCCCAUCGGUGCUGCUGUGUGGCUGAUCGGACCGGCCACUCACUAUUGCACACCUUAUAUGGAAGGUCUCUGCGAUAUGAUACUAGCUAUUUUGUGGAGUAUUUUGCCUUGGAUCUCCUGAUGGAGAACGGGGAGUGCCGUGGUGUCAUCGCACUGUGCAUAGAGGACGGGUCCAUCCAUCGCAUAAGAGCAAAGAACACUGUUGUUGCCACAGGGUAGGACUCUAAUUUCUACUUAUUUCAUUUAUAAAAAUGAAUAACUUUCAUUUAGAGUUUCUUUGUUUUAAUGAAAAUAAAGGUAUUAUAGAAUAGCGGUUCAGACACAGGCCUUGAUAUAACCUUGUGAGGGUGAUGGCCUCUCCCAGCCGUGGUUCCUCACCUGUAAAGGGUAAGGACGGGAGCACCUGCCUCAGGCGGUGAGAAAGCAUGGCCCUCAGUAGACCGGAAUGGCUGCCAUCAGGUUCACAGCUUACCUGUCCCAAUUUUAGAUGAGGAAACUGCGGCCCAAAGAGUCCCAUGGGGUUUUUUGGCAAAAUCCCUCUUGUUUUAGUGGGUACUGGGUUAAUACUGAUUCCUGGGAUGGAUAAGUCCUUCUUCUCCACAUAAUGAAAAUAAGUAACUUUAAUUUUAUACACUGUCAGUUACUUUAACCAUUUUCAAAGUUAGAAAGUGUCAGUACAGC